UCGCCGGUCUCCUUGAAAUCCGGCUGUUUCAAUCAGCAUGACAAACUCCAAUGGACCACGUGCACCUGAAUCAUCAGGUGCCACCAACGAUGAUAGACAAAAAGGUGUGUGCGGAAUCAAACCGGAAUUCAUUAUCGAAGAACAAGUGAGGGAAUCGGACGAUUCUUCCCCCACCAAUGCCGACCAAACCGAUUCUACAAAAGUCUCUACCGACGACCCUGAGUCAUCGGUAGUUAUCACCCCUGCGACCCAAGAAACCCAGGAUGAAGAGAGAUCCACAUCAGACGAGCCCCCCCGCAAGAAAUCCAAACGCGAGUGGAGAAAGGAAAAGCUAAAAGGUCAGAACAAACAGCGACCCCCGCCCUUCAGAAGCCCAAAAGAGCAGAACCUGUGCCCCUGGCUGGUGGAUCAGCUGGCCACUGACCCCGAGAAGAAAUGCCCCUCUCAAAACUGUAAAUUCUUGCACGACAGAGUCGAAUACAUGAAGCUCAAAGAGCCUGACAUAGGUCCCGACUGUUACGUCUUCGAGCUCACGGGCAGAUGCCCCAGAGGCACCGCCUGCAGGUUCGGCUCCAGUCACCUAACCGAGACGGGCAUCAACAUCAUCAAUCCCGAGAGGUACCAAAACUACAAAGAGAAACCUGCAGCCACGAAGAACCAAAUCGCAAACUCCCUUCAGGAGAAAUUGCGAAGACGAAAGUACAAUUUCUCGAAGGCUGAGAGGAUCAUGAGGAGUACCGACGAGAUCCUAAAGGAAAAAAGAGCUCGAGGAGAUGACAGAGGACCGGAAAAGCCCUCAGGAACCCCAGGAACGCCUCAGGAAGAGAAGAUUGAGAAGAGAGUGGGCCCAGUGUCGGAUGCUGAUUUGGUAAAGCUUCGAGCCUCAGAGAAGAAGAAGAUAGACUGGAGGGACAAGAUCCUCCUGAGUCCUUUGACAACAGUUGGAAAUCUUCCAUUCAGACGCAUCUGCAAGGAGUAUGGGGCGGACAUAACGUGUGGGGAGAUGGCACUGGCUCCUAAGAUCCUCAAGGGCGCUUCUGAGGAAUGGGCUUUGGUGAAGAGGUACGAGACAGAGGACAUUUUUGGGGUCCAGAUCUGUGGGAACAACACCGGGGUCCUCACCAGGUCUGCCCAGUUGCUGAACGAAGAGGCAGACAUUGAUUUUGUGGAUUUGAAUUUAGGGUGUCCCAUCGAGUUGAUUUAUAAGCAAGGAGGAGGGAGUGGAAUGCUGACCAGGAGGAAUAUCUUGGAGAGUGUCGUUCAGUCUGUCAGUCAGGUUCUGGAUGUCCCUCUCACCAUCAAAACGAGGAUGGGGGUCUAUCAGGAUAAACCAAUUGCUCAUAAUCUGAGCCCGCAGUUCAGAGACUGGGGGGCCUCUAUGAUCACUGUUCAUGGCAGGUCCAGAGAGCAGAGGUACACGAAGAGCGCGGAUUGGGAGUAUAUUGAGAGGUGUGCGGCUGCGGCUAGUCCAAUUCCAGUUUUUGGGAAUGGAGAUGUUCUGGGGUAUGACGAUUAUUUGAGGGUGAGGGAGAGCUGUCCCAGUGUGCAGGGGAUCACCAUUGGCAGGGGUGCGUUGAUUAAGCCGUGGAUCUUCACGGAGAUCAAGGAGAGGAAGCUCAUCGAUAUGGCUAGCUCAGAGAGACUGGAGAUUCUGAGGAAGUAUGCGAAUUAUGGGCUGGACCACUGGGGGUCGGACACCAGGGGGGUCGAGACCACGAGGAGAUUCAUGCUGGAGUGGAUCUCGUUUUUGCAUAGAUACAUCCCAGUGGGAAUAUUAGAGUCGCCACCACAGAGAAUCAACGAGCGACCUCCAUUCUACAAAGGCCGUGACGAAAUGGAGACCCUCAUGGCCAGUUCCAAUUGCGCCGAUUGGGUGAAAAUAUCAGAAAUGUUCCUUGGAAAAGUUCCUGACGGUUUCCAUUUCCUGCCAAAGCACAGAGCGAAUUCAUGGAAAUAAUGUACCAU